GGAGGGCGAACUUGAGUUUAAAAAAAAUUUCUUUUACCCGGUGACGGCCGAAAUCGAACAAAUGAACCAGCCCAUGUUGAAAAGUAGAGAUUGCAAAGAUCCGAAAGACGAACUUUACGACUGGUUGAACAAUUUCGAAUUCUCUAAGCCCAAGAAGAACUUGGCAAGGGACUUUUCCGACGCAGUUCUGAUGGCGGAACUACUCAAGAAACAUUUUCCAAGAUUUGUAGAACUUCACAAUUAUCCACCCGCAAAUUCUCAGUUUAACAAGCUUAAAAAUUGGAUUACACUCAAUGAUAAGGUUUUAACCAAAAUUGGACUUCCGCAACAGAUGACGACUCUCCAAGAAGCCGCAUCCGCAAACAAACAGUUUAUCGAAGACAUUCUUCUUGCUGUGAAGGAAAAACUGGACGAAAUAGACCGUUUGAAGAAAGUCACCGAAAGCGACCAAAGCAAUAUCACAAUUACUGAAGAAAUAUUGGGUGGUACAAGAAUAGUAGAACUGCAUAUUACAUCCACAGUUCCUUAUGAAGAACACAGCCUUGUCCUGCAGGAGCUAAUGGAGAAGAAAGAAGAGGCUGCCACACUGCAAGCAAAGGUGUCUCAUCUAGAAGCAAUGCUGGAACUGAAAGAUCAGAGAAUAACAGACUUAAGUAUUCAACUGAAAAGGUGCACCUGUCACAAAUAAAAGAAUCGAGGGUAUUAAAUAAAUUACAAAAGGGUGUAAAUGGCAAAUCAUUAAAAUUGCUUAAUCAUAAUUUAUUACUUAUACC